GCUUUCCAUCUGCGCCAGUACAUGGACCUGAGGGGAAACCCUGCUCCCAGCCGGGCUCUGUAAGGCUAAGCACCUGCCAACAGCAGAGACCUGGGCGCAUUCUUCAAAAUGCAAGCGCUCAUCUCCGCAGCUGCCGGGCUCCUGCUCUCGUCACCCACUGUCUGCCAGAGCGGCAUGGAACGUGACGCGGACCACUUGGUAGAGCCAACAUUACCUAUUAAGACCUUUCGCGGAGGCCCCCCAAGUUCUUUUGAAGGGUUUCCCAUGUCCGACAUUGAAGGCUGGACGGGAGCCACCCAUACUUCAAAAGCUCAGUGUCCCGAGGAAAGUGUAUCAGAGCUCCACGUGACCAACGCUACCCUGGGGUACCUGAGCAGCUCCCUCAGCACCAAACUGAUACCCGCCAUUUACAUCCUGGUCUUCCUGGUGGGCGUGUCAGCCAACGCCGUGACCCUGUGGAUGCUCAUCUUCAGGACCAGAUCCGUCUGCAUGGCAGUCCUUUACACCAACCUGGCCGUUGCGGAUUUUUUCUUUUGCAUCACGCUGCCCUUUAAGAUCGCGUACCAUCUCAACGGCAACAACUGGGUGUUUGGCGAGGCCAUGUGCCGGGCCACCACGCUCAUCUUCUAUGGCAACAUGUACUGCUCCAUCUUACUGCUCGCCUGUAUCAGCAUCAGCCGCUACCUGGCCAUCGUGCACCCCUUCACUUACCGGGGGCUGCCCAAGCGCACCUACGCCUUACUGACGUGUGGACUGGUGUGGGCAAUGGUUUUCUUAUACAUGCUGCCAUUUUUCAUCCUGAAGCAGGAGUACUACCUUGUCCAGCCGGACAUCACCACCUGCCACGAUGUCCACAACACGUGCGAGCCUUCGUCUCCCUUCCAAACCUACUACUUCAUCUCCUUGGCAUUCUUUGGAUUCUUCAUUCCCUUUGUGGUCAUCUUCUUCUGCUACACUGCCAUCAUCAGGACGCUGAACACCUAUGAUCGCAGAUGGCUGCGGUCUGUGAAGGCCAGUCUCCUCAUCCUGGCGAUUUUUACCAUCUGCUUUGCGCCAAGCAACAUCAUACUCAUCAUUCACCAUGCUAACUACUACUACAACAACACCGACGGCCUGUACUUUAUCUACCUCAUAGCUCUGUGCCUGGGCAGCCUGAACAGUUGCCUCGAUCCAGUCCUGUAUUUUCUGAUGUCAAAGAUAAGAGAUCACUCCACUUCCUACCUGACGAUGGUGAAAUCGUCUUAGAGAAGAGUGAGUUAAGCUAGGAGCUCUAGCCGCUAGGGACAUCUAAGGAUUACUAUGAAACAGGGCUGCACGAUCAAACACCGCAAGGAAAGGACUGGCCUUCACAAAAGUACUUUCUCAUUAUUUUAAGACCACCAUUGAGGAGAACAUUUGCUAUCAACGCUCUUUAGGGUGAUUUACAUAUUGCCAUUUAUCUGCUGGUACCGGACGUCCUGACUUCUCCAAAUCAAAGUCUCUCUGGUUAUUUCCGCCCCCCCCCCACCUCCUUUUAUGCACGGCAGUCCCAUAACUGUCAUCGGGCAUCGUGUUUUAUAUACGCAUUUAUCUCCUUGGAUUCUUAUGCUGGUGGCUGAGUUGAUUAUUGCCUUGUCUACGCUUUCUGCUUGUCUCUCCCUGUGAUCCUUGUCUUAGUUCCAACCUUCGUGUUCUAACCAUUCUUUUCAUAGGUAAAUACCAGACGAACCUUCAAACACCAACCUGAAAACAUCACUCCCCAGUGCCAGCUUGAGCCCUUGCCCUGACUCCACAUGCUUCUGGAGUCCUUGGGGAAUGAGUCCAGUCAGGCUGGCAUUCGGGGAGAGCCCUCCUACCCUAUUUCCUGUGCAACCUUGCAAACAACGGAGGCCCAGCCUGAACUUCUUGCUCUGUUGUGAGCUGGACUUCUCUCUCUGUCUCUGCUUAUGAUUAGAGAGCUGCUCCUAUUAUCUUUGCUCCCAAUCUGUCCAAUUCUGGAAGUCUUCCCAAGGCCAUUGUUCCCUCAUUCUCAUGCUUCCCCACGACCCCCGCACCCACCCCUCCUGCCAUCUAAAAGGGUUUCUUCUAUUUUUAUUAGGGCACUUAUGAAUAGCUCAUUUAGAAGCAAGUAAUCAUUCUGGUAACACACACUAGGCACUAUGGGCACAGUGAGAAGGCACUUGCCCUCUACCUUCUUCAAGCUCCGGGUGACCCCAAGUUCAAGUCUUCCUGGCUUCUGUGGGUCCCUGCACUCCACACCCCAUGCAUCAUGCCACUGAAGGAAUGAAGGAAACCCCAAGCAUCUAAAUAGCAAAAAUAAGCUCAUAAGGUCAUUACCAAGUUUAAAAUGACCCCUCCACUGUCACUGGCAUACAAAACUGUUUUGUUGCUAUGAAGGCCCAGUAUCUUACGUUGGUAGAUAAUUAUGCUUCUCUUCCAUGAGGGAGUAGACAGCAGGUGGAGUAUGGAAUGGCUAAGGGGGGGAGGCCCAGGGGUGUAUAUGAAUGAGGGUAAGGAAGCCUUGAAGCAUGAAGGAUUGUGAAGAUGCAUUUACAUUUGUAGUAGGAGCUUGCAUUGACCAUAUACUUUGUAAUAACCAUUAAAAGGAUUUAACAACCCUC